UCGGGGCGUGGCCUCCCGUUCGCUUCCGCACUGAACCUUCCAGCGGAGGACAAGCCACCUCAAGUCCACAGCCUUUAGGCAGCUUGGACUGGAUUGCUAUUUAUCUGUAACUAAUUUAUACUUCAUUUUUAAACUGCUUUACUUCGCUUACUGCCUUUUUUCUCAGCUCUUCGCCCAGCGUGAAAAUGGUUGUUCUGUCCGGCGCUGCCAGCUGCACGGCUACCUCCAGCAAUAAUAAUCAGAAUAAUAACAGAAACGAAGGACGAGAAUAUGUCCUUAUAGAGGAGCACAGCUCUGUGCCAAGCUCUCCAUCCAAACGAGUGUCGCCGUCCAAGAGAAAGCAGUUCUUUAUCAAUCAGGCCAUUCGCAACUCUGACCUCAUUCCCCGAGCCAAAGGGAAGAAGAGUCUCCAGCGGCAAGAAAACACUCGCUAUCUAGCUAACUUGCUAGAAAGAGAUGAGUGCUCCAAAGAUGAAGGGGACGUGUGCGGAGAUCCUGCGUCUCCGUCCAUAUUCACAGAAGCUUGUACAAACAGCAAUUAUGUCCAGUCAUGGAAUGACUUCAUGAAUCGUUCGGGAGAGGAGCAGGAGAAGAUGCUAGCUGUUCUCGAGGAGAAAGCCAGAAGAAGCUGCACUGACAAGCAGCCAAAGGAUCAGAGAGCUGUGAAUCCAGCCUACAGUGCUCAGGAUUAUUUCCUAAGGAUUGACCGAAGGCUACGUACUACUCUGAGAAGGAAGCAGAUUCCCCUGGGAAUUCUUGAAGUUCUCGAAGAGGAUUUGCUGCGUUUUUUUGUGGCUCAACCCCACUCUGUUUACAUUACCAGACUGGGCAGCAGCUUUGAAAGGCUGCUACUUCAUGCUAUAUGCCAGUAUAUGGACCUUGUUUCAGCAAGUACCGACUGCAAUGGUGCUCGUCAGACUGAAGUGGUGAACAAACAGGAAGAGUUUUUGCCUCCGAAGCCUCUCUUGUCUGUUUACCUGGAACAGAUGAGCUGAGAAAAGGACAGAAUCUGGCCUAAAUCACUGCCAUCACAAAUUACUAAGCCAUUAUGAAUUUCAUGCAUCUUCAGAGUGAACAAAGGUUUGGUGUGCUUUGAGCUCAAGCACUGUUUCACAUGCCACAUAAGCCUUCAAUUGGCUGUGGUUAUCUUAGACUUAGUGCUGGGAGUGAAAAUUAUGUAUGGGAUUUAAAUUUAAGAUUUUAAAUUGUUUGCAGUCAUUGUAUGUGAAUGUAAUCUGGUUCUGGCAACACUGGCAUUAUGUCAAAGUACGUGGGGGGAGGAAAUGUAUGUAUUUUCAGUAUCUUGUUUUUGAGAAAAAGCUUUGGUUAUUGUAAUAAUGCACUUUAGCAUUUUUUGGUAUGUAUUUACCGUGAUCAUAGUACAUUAUGUAGUUAUUUAUGAGCAGCCUAUAAGUUAGUUUUUGGGUAAAAAUGUAAUACUAGUGAUUAUCAAUGUUUCAUUUAAUUAUGUUUAUUUAAUAUCAGGAAUUGCAGUACAGCUUCUGUGUACAAAAUGCUAUUUAAUGCACAGCCCUGGAAGGGGCACAUCCAGAAACUGGAUCAGCUCUCGUUACAGUAAACGUAACGAGACUCGGUGGUGUGGUACUGUCCCAUUCAUCUGAGAAGUGUGCUCAAUGGAGCACAUGCCAAAAACUUCCAGUCAACCUUGCAUGCAUAUUUGUGCCCCACUGAGGAACAAUGGUUAUUAGAGUUAGUGAUCGGGAAUAUGUAACUGAAAAUGUUAUAGUGAAAGUAUAUUUAGUAUUAGCUGUCAAAGCUAAGAAUACAGUACCAUUGUGGAUGGUGGGCACAGAUGCUUCUAGUAAUGCUUGUCUGCCGGUUAGCUGAAAAGUGUAAUUGGGUGGGUCACUGUAGCUUGGUCAAAAAUCUGGAGACAGCCCUUCAGGACUAACUUGAAUAGCCCUGCAGUACUGUAGACAAGUAUCAUAAGCUUAAAGGUGAUCAGAAUAAAUGCAAUUUGUAACUUAAAUUCAUUUAUAUUGUGAAACAGGCUUACAUUUUGAACUGGAAGGGUAGUUUGCUUGACAACAUGCUUUGUAUUUCAUAAGGGAAAAGCCGUUUUAUGAUAUGGUGCUGCACCCCCUACCCCCCACCCAAAUUUGUGGACUAGUCAACAAUAAUUGUCAAAUUCAGCUGCCAUUUAUGGGUAGUGCGAAAAAUAAUUUGUAUUGUUUUCUCUGAUGUAUUUUUCUGUCCUUUCAAUAUGCUGUCAGUUCAUAUCCAAUUCUCACUGGUACUGACUGUUCAGUGUCAGACUUAUAGUAGUACAUUACCUACUUCGAUGUACUUUGUUCAGAGACUGUAAAUUGUACACUAUGUGCUCAGCUUUUACACUGGCAGUUGCAUGAUGCUUUUUAUCAAGUACUUAAGCCUUAACUUUUACCUCCACCUGUAAAUGUAUGUAUACAGUAGUGCUGGAAAGAUGAUUUUGCAUAGUUAGUGAUGUUUUGAAGGAAUACAUAGAACAAUUUCUGAUCUGUGACCAGAAUGUGGUCUGAAUUACCAAAGUUAUUUGUGUGCCAGUUUCACCUUAUGUCUCUUGGUCUUUCAGCCACUAUGGAAUGUAAUUAUGGCCUCCUAUGAUUUCUAAGGAAAUUUUUACUUUUUCAUUUUCACAAUUUGAGUUCAGAUAUUACUCCCAUAUACUUGUACCAGUUCUGAGCGUUAACCUUGAAUUCUUAAGUUAUAUUCUUAGUGCUUAACAUAUAAGUACUUCUUCAUGAAGCCUUUUGAGGCACUACUCAUUUAGAAAUGAAUUACUUUUUUCCAUAAACCAUCAUGCAAAAAGGGCUUUCACUUUAAUAUAUCAUGGAUUUUUCCACCUGAGUAUUUAAGUGAUGUUAAAAUGUAUUUGCCUCAGUGAUAAAUUGUGAAAGUUUCCAUAUGUGGUGGUAUUUGUUAUACACAUCUGUCAAUUAAAUUGUCAACAGUACAUAAUAAAGUAUAUUUGGCAGGUCAAAA